AUGGCUUUUGCCGAAUUCCUGGAGCAAGUGGGCGGCAUGGGCCGUUUCCAGAUUAUUCACACCAUACUUCUUACCAUACCUGUUUUCCUGAUGGCCAGCCACAACCUCCUCCAGAACUUCACCGCUGCCAUCCCAGGACACCACUGCCGGAUCCGCCUGGCUGAGAACGGCAGCGGCUCUCCCAACGGCACGCGCCUGCUAGCGCCUGGGGACCUUCUCCGGGUCGGUGUCCCCAUGAGCAGCAAACGGCAGCCGGAGAAGUGCCUGCGCUUCGUGGAAGCUCAGUGGCACUUUCUUGACGCGAACGCCACUGCGGCAAACUGGACCAGGGUGGAGACGGAGCCGUGUGCUGAUGGAUGGGUGUACGACACAAGCUUGUAUACUUCCAGCAUCGUCAUGGAGUGGGACCUGGUGUGCGACAUGCGCAAGCUGCGGGAGAUGGCCCAGUCGAUCUACAUGGCCGGCGUGCUCGUCGGGGCCCUGGUGCUCGGGAGGCUGGCGGAUCGGUUUGGCCGCAAAGCGCUGACCAUUUGGUCCUUCCUGCAAAUGGCCGUGAUGGGGUCGUGCGCGGCCAUCUCGCCCAACUUCAUGUCCUACUGCAUCUUCCGGUUCCUGGCGGGCAUGGCGCACUCUGGAUUCGGCCUCAGCAUCACCUGCUUGAUCGUGGAGUGGAUUCCCACCCGGAGCCGCACGAUCACCAUCGCCUUCACCGGCUUUUCGUACACGCUGGGCCAGAUCCUCCUGGCCGGUUUGGCGUACAGCAUCCGCAACUGGCGCUGGCUGCAGUUCACCGUGUCGGCACCCUUCUAUUUCUUCCUCUUCUACUCCUGGUGGUUUGCCGAGUCCGCACGGUGGCUGAUCCUGGCUGGGAAGCCCGGCCCAGCCGUUGCGGUCCUGCAGAGAGUGGCGCGGAUCAACGGGCGGGAGGAUGCCGGUGCACGCAUCACCCCCGAGGUUCUGCUGUCCAGCAUGGAGAAAGAGCUCUCCACGACGAAGUCUUCGUACACCAUCUGCGACCUCGUGCGCACGCCGGUCAUCCGGCGCAUCUUCUGCUGCAUCUCCGUCGUGUGGUUCUCCACCAGCUUCUCCUACUACGGGCUGGCCAUGAACCUCCAGAAUUUCGGGGUUAGCAUCUACCUCAUCCAGGUGAUCUUUGGGGCCAUCGAUAUCCCUGCCAAGGUCGUUGUGACCAUCACCAUGAGCUACCUCGGCCGGAGGAUCAGCCUGUCCUCCUUCCUCUUCACGGCCGGCGUCAUCAUAAUUGUGAACAUCUUUGUGCCCACAGAGCUGCAGACUGUCCGGACGGCGCUGGCCGUCGUCGGGAAGGGGUGCUUGGCCGCGGCCUUCAACUGCGUCUUUCUCUUCACGACGGAGCUCUACCCCACGCCUGUCAGGCAGACCGGCUUGGGCUUCGGCAGCACCAUGGCCCGGGUGGGCGGCAUCGUCGCGCCCCUGGCGGUGAUGACGGAGGACUACUACACCCCCCUGCCUGCGAUCCUGUACGGGGCGGUCCCCAUCCUCUCCGGCAUUGCCGCUUGCUUUCUGCCGGAAACCCUCAACGUCCCGCUGCCUGAUACCAUUGAGGACGUGGAGAACAGGGCCAGAAAGAAGAACACGGAAGAAGCCGCCCAGGAGAAAGUCCUGCUUCAGAGCCAGGAUAAGACCUUGUUCAAGGAAACCUGCUGA